AUGGCUAGGUUGACGUUGUCCUUGAUGCUAUGCCUGCUCUCAGUUGCAGCAAUGCAAACCGUUAGGGGUGAAGAUCCUUAUUUCUUCUUCACGUGGAAUGUCACUUAUGGCACCAUCUCUCCCUUGGGUGUUCCACAGCAAGGCAUUCUCAUCAACGGUCAAUUCCCCGGACCUAAUAUCAACUCCACGACAAACAAUAACCUAGUCAUCAAUGUUUUCAAUAAUCUCGAUGAACCCUUCCUUCUACAUUGGAGUGGUAUUCAACAUAGAAAGAACUCGUGGCAGGAUGGACUACUUGGAACCAAUUGCCCAAUCCCACCAGGCACAAACUUUACUUAUCAUUUCCAAGUUAAGGAUCAAAUCGGAAGCUUCUUCUACUACCCAUCAACUGCCAUGCACAAAGCUGUAGGAGCCUUUGGCGGCCUUCGAGUGAACAGUCGUUUACUCAUUCCCGUUCCUUAUGCUGAUCCCGAAGAUGAUUACACUGUGCUUAUUGGUGACUGGUACACCAAAAGCCAUUCCACUCUUAAGAAGUUCUUGGACAGUGGUCGCUCCAUCGCUAGACCUGAUGGGGUCCUAAUUAACGGAAGGAUUGCGAAGGGUGAUGGAACUGAUGAGCCACUCUUCACCAUGAAACCUGAAAAGACUUACAAGUACCGAAUAUGCAACGUUGGACUAAAGACAUCUCUUAACUUUAGGAUCCAAGGCCACACCAUGAAGUUGGUGGAAAUGGAAGGCUCCCAUACUGUCCAAAAUGUUUACCAAUCACUUGAUGUCCAUGUGGGACAAUGUUUUUCCGUGCUAGUCACAGCCGACAAAGACCCUAAAGACUAUUACAUGGUUGCAUCUACUCGAUUCACUAAGAACAUUCUUGUCGGUAAAGGAAUUAUUCGAUACACCAAUGGAAAGGCCCCUGCUUCUCCUGAAAUUCCUGAGGCACCUAGGGGUUGGGCUUGGUCUCUCAAUCAAUUUCGUACCUUUCGUUGGAACCUCACUGCCAGUGCUGCUAGGCCCAAUCCUCAAGGCUCGUAUCACUAUGGUUCUAUCAACAUUACUCGCACCAUCAAGAUAGUCAAUUCUGCCACUAACGUUGAUGGUAAGUUGAGAUAUGCCAUCAAUGGAGUCUCUCAUGUCGAUCCUGAAACUCCAUUGAAGCUUGCAGAAUAUUUCGAAGUUGCUGAUAAGGUCUUCAAGUAUGAUACAAUUUCUGAUGAAGGAUUGUCAAAAACCGCAAACAUUGUGACUGUUGCUCCUAAUGUUUUGAAUGCAACUUUUCGCAACUUUGUAGAGAUUGUAUUUGAGAACCAGGAAAAGAGCCUCCAGUCAUGGCACUUAGAUGGCUACUCCUUCUUUGCUGUUGCCGUUGAGCCUGGGAGAUGGUCUCCGGAGAAGCGAAAGAAUUACAAUCUUCUAGACGCUGUGAGCAGACAUACAAUCCAAGUUUUUCCUAAAUCAUGGGCAGCUAUUCUUCUUACGUUAGACAAUGCUGGAAUGUGGAACUUGAGGUCUGAGCUGACAGAAAAUCGUUACUUGGGACAACAGAUGUACUUUAGUGUUCAAUCACCUGCUCGCUCCCUCAGAGACGAAUACAACAUCCCCGAUAACACUUUGCUUUGCGGUUUGGUCAAAGACAUGCCAUUGCCUCCUCCAUAUACCAUCUGAGACACUAUUAUUGAUAGACACCCCUCCCCAUUUCAUUUAAUUGAGAGACUAUGAUAUUUAUAAGGUGGAUCAUGAAUCUCUCAAAAUGUUGCUAUGAUUUAAAUUCAUGAAAGCCCUCAAAAGAUCCCUAAAUAGGAAGUAUGUUACUCCUAUAUUGCAAUCAAGGAAAACCUAAUAACAAAUCAGACUUUUUUUUCCCUCCAAAGGGACCA